AUGGUGGACCACAAGGAUACAGACUCUGAUAAGAAAUUGGUCGAUAAUUUUGUGAAACAUGCUACUACGCAUAAUCGAGUAUUAGAAGAAGAAUACUGUUGGCGAGAAAUAAAACGACGUUAUAAAAAAUCAAAUGAUUCUCGUGAUCGAUCACCUGUAUCAAAUUAUGCACAAUCUGAACAACAACUUGAUGCCCUGGAACGAGCUCUACGUGCAGACGCUAAACGAAAAUUAGAAUUACAAGCUACACGUUCAUUGCCAAGUGCUGCUGGUGGACAGAAUGCUAAAGAAUUUUGGCGUACAUUGGCUCGUCAACAUUGUGAUACUGGUCGUUGGGGUCAUGAUGGUUGGGAAGAAUUACAGAAUGAAGGUCCAAUACCUUUUCGACGAUCUAAUACUACUAACACUGGUGCUGCUGCUGCUUCCGAUGAUGGUAACUAUGAUAGUGUGAAGGUAAAGACGGCCUCUUUACCACCAAAACUACCAUAUCAGUAUACAGUGGAAAAAGAGACAAAAGAACAAGAAGUUAAAAAACCAAAGAAAAAAGCUAAACAUAAAAUAUCUCAUUCUAAAUCGAAACGAAAACAUGCUAAACGGAAGCGUAAGUCUAAAUUGAAAAAGGCUAAAAAGUUGAAGAAAAAGAAGGGUAAAUCGAUGAAAGCGCGUUCCCCAUCUUCAUCUUCCUCCACCACCUCAUCGUCAUCAUCAUCAUCUACGUCCUCCUCCUCCUCCUCAUCAUCAUCAUCUUCGCGUGCCUCUUCGCCUUCGCAUUCAUCAGCAUCGUCAACAACAAGUUCCACUGGAUCAGACGAUGAAGUUGAAUGGCAAGAAUUAAAAGUGCAGCAAUCCUGUCCAUAG